CGGGCAGCCUCUCUCCAGGCCCCAGGGCUCCGGCUCAGAGGUCGGGGUCGGGGUGUGCGCCUGCAACUUCGACGGCUCCGACGCCCCGAAUCCGGACCCGUGGGCCUCUCUGUCCCCCCCCCACGCCGCCCCGCGCCUUCUCCGGGGUCCUAGUCCCGGGCUCCCCGGCUCGGCCCGAGUGUCUCCCGCACUCCAGGAUGCAGCUCCGAGGCGUCCUCCUCGUCGCCCUCCUCACCCUGCUGGCGCUCACCUCCACGGCCGCCAAGAAGAAAGACAAAGUGAAGAAGGGCGGCCCCGGGGGCGAGUGUGCCGAGUGGACCUGGGGGCCCUGCACCCCCAGCAGCAAGGAUUGCGGCGUGGGCUUCCGCGAGGGGACCUGCGGGUCGCAGACCCAGCGCCUGCGCUGCCGGGUGCCCUGCAACUGGAAGAAGGAGUUUGGAGCCGACUGCAAAUACAAGUUUGAGAACUGGGGCGCGUGCGACGGGGGCAGCGGCACCAAGGCCCGCCAAGGCACGCUGAAGAAGGCGCGGUACAAUGCGCAGUGCCAGGAGACCAUCCGCGUGACCAAACCCUGCACCCCCAAGACCAAAGCCAAGGCCAAAGCCAAGAAGGGGAAGGGGAAGGAGUAGCGGCCAGGCCCGGAUGCCCGCCCCAUGGAACCCACCAGUGCCUUCCGUCUGCUGUUAGCUUUAUCAAUCGUCCCGUCCGCUUCCCCGCCCCUGCCCCCAAGUGCCCAGAGUGGGGAGACCCAAGGGAUCAGGGGAGGGGGGAGCCGAGGACUUGGUCUCCCCCCGUGGGAUUCGGUUCCCCAAACCCCCUUUGUUCUCCCCCCAGAGAUGCCAUUC